UGGACUUCCUGAGUAGGAUGAAGCAGGAGGAGCUGGCUGAGCGUCUGAGGAGCAGAACUUCUGGUGCAAUCUGCCAAAGGAAACUGAAAUCAACCCUGAAGAAGAGGUUCCAGUGUGUGUCUGAGGGAGUCUGUAAAGCAGGAGAGUCCACACUCCUGAACCAGAUCUACACAGAGCUCCACAUCACAGAGGGAGGGACUGCAGAGGUCAACCAGGAACAUGAGGUCAGACAGAUUGAAGCAGCAUCCAGGACAGCAGACAGAGAAGGAACAAGCAUCAGACCAGGAGACAUCUUUAAAGCCUCACCUGGAAGAUCUCAGCCAAUCAAAACAGUGCUGACAAAGGGAGUGGCUGGCAUUGGGAAAACAGUCCUGACUCAGAAGUUCACUCUGGACUGGGCUGAAGACAAAGCCAACCAGGACGUCCACUUCACAUUUCCAUUCACCUUCAGAGAGCUGAAUGUGCUGAAGGAGAAGAAGUUCAGCUUGGUGGGACUUGUUCAUCACUUCUUCACCGAAACCAAAGAAGCAGGACUCUGUAGCUUUGAAGACUUCCAGGUGGUCUUCAUCUUGGACGGUCUGGAUGAGUGUCGACUCCCUCUGGACUUCCAGCACACUGAGUUCCUAACUGAAGUUACAGAGUCCACCUCAGUGGAUGUUCUGCUGACAAACCUCAUCAGGGGGAAACUGCUUCCCUCUGCUCGCCUCUGGAUCACCACACGACCUGCAGCAGCCAAUCAGAUCCCUGCUGACUGUGUGGACAGGGUGACAGAGGUCCGAGGGUUCACCGACCCCCAGAAGGAUGAGUACUUCAGGAGGAGGUUCAGAGAGGAGGAGCAGGCCAGCAGCAUCAUCUCCCACAUCAAGACCUCCCGAAGCCUCCACAUCAUGUGCCACAUCCCGGUCUUCUGCUGGAUCACUGCUACAGUUCUGGAGAAGGUGUUGAAGAGCAGAGAGGGAGGAGAGCUGCCCAAGACCCUGACCCAGAUGUACAUCCACCACCUGGUGGUCCAGACCAAAGUCAAGAUGGUCAAGUAUGAUGGAGGAGCUGCCACGGAUUCACACUGGAGUCCAGACACCACAAAAAUGAUUGAGUCUCUGGGAAAACUGGCUUUUGAGGAGCUGCAGAAAGGAAACCUGAUCUUCUAUGAACCCGACCUGACAGAGUGUGGCAUCGAUCUCACAGCAGCCUCAAAGUACUCAGGAAUGUUCACAGAGAUCUUUAGAGAGGAGAGCUGCCUGUACCAGAACAAGGUGUUCUGCUUCAUCCAUCUGAGCCUUCAGGAGUUUCUGGCUGCUCUUCAUGUCCAUCAGACCUUCAUCAAGUCUGGAAUCAACCUGCUGGAUGAACAACAACAAACCCCCUGGUGGUCAAAAGUGUUGAAGAAAAAGGUUAAUCUCUAUCUUCUCCAUCAGAGAGCAGUGGACGAGGCCUUGAAGAGUCCAAAUGGACGCCUGGACUUGUUCCUCCGCUUCCUCCUGGGUCUCUCACUGCAGACCAAUCAGAGUCUCCUUCGAGGUCUGCUUACACAGACAGGAAGUAGCUCACAGGCCAAUCAGGAAACAGUCCAGUACAUCAAGAAGAAGCUGAGUGAGAGUGUGUCUGCAGAGAGAAGCAUCAAUCUGUUCCACUGUCUGAAUGAACUGAAUGAUGGUUCUCUGGUGGAGGAGAUCCAACAGUCCCUGAGAUCAGGACGUCUCUCCACAGAUGAACUGUCUCCUGCUCAGUGGUCAGCUCUGGUCUUCAUCUUACUUUCAUCAGAAGAAGAUCUGAAGGUGUUUGACCUCAAGAAGUACUCUGCUUCAGAGGAGGCUCUUCUGAAGCUGCUGCCAGUGGUCAAAGCCUCCAACAAAGCUCUGUUGAGCAACUGUCAUUUGUCAGAGAAAAGCUGUGAAGCUCUGUUCUCAGUUCUCAACUCUCAGUCAUCCAGCCUGACAGAUCUGGACCUGAGUAGUAACAACGUCCAGGAUUCAGGAGUGACGCUGCUGUCUACAACAGUCAAGGAUCAACACCUGAGACUGGAAAAACUCAGGUUGAACAACUGUGGUCUAUCGGAGAGAAGCUGUGAAGCUCUGUCCUCAGUUCUCAGCUCUCAGUCCUCCAGUCUGACAGACCUGGACCUAAGUAACAACAGCCUGAAGGAUUCAGGAGUGACACUGCUGUCUUCUGGACUGGAGAGUCCUCACUGUCAACUGGAAGCUCUCAGUCUGUCAGGGUGUCUGGUCUCAGAGGAAGGCUGUGCUUCUCUGGUCUCAGCUGUGAGCUCCAAGUCCUCCCAUCUGAGAGAGCUGGACCUGAGCUACAACCAUCCAGGAGACUCAGGAGUGGAGAAGCUGUUUGUUGCAGUGGAGGAUCCAUGCUGCCCAGUGAAGACUCUCAGGUUAAGCUGCUGUGGGCUCUCAGAGAGAAGCUGUGGAGCUCUGUCCUCAGUUCUCAGCUCUCAGUCCUCCAGUCUGACACAUCUGGACCUGAGUAACAACGACCUGCAGGACUCAGGAGUGAAGCUACUGUCUUCUGGACUGGAGAGUCCUCACUGUCAGCUGGAAGCUCUCAGUCUGUCAGGGUGUCUGGUCUCAGAGGAAGGCUGUGCUUCUCUGGUCUCAGCUGUGAGCUCCAAGUCCUCCCAUCUGAGAGAGCUGGACCUGAGCUACAACCAUCCAGGAGCCUCAGGAGUGGAGAAGCUGUUUGCUGCAGUGGAGGAUCCACACUGUCCACUGAAGAUUCUCAGGGUGGACCAUGUUGGAGAGCAGUGGUUAAAACCUGGUCUGAGGAAGUAUUUCUCUCCACUCGAACUGGACACAAACUCAAUGAACAGAAAACUCAAACUGUCCAACAACAACAGGAAGGUGACAUACGUGUUAGAGAGUCAAUCGUAUCCUGAUCAUCCAGACAGAUUUGACUUCUGGUCUCAGUUAUUGUGUAGAAAUGUUCUGAGUGGUCGAUGUUACUGGGAGGUCAAGUGGAGCGGGAGCGUUUAUAUUGCAGUGAGUUCCAGAGGAAUCAGUCGGAGAGGUGACAGUAAUAAGUGCUUGUUCGGUCGGAAUCAUCAGUCCUGGAGUCUGAGCUGCUCUGAUGAGGGUUACAAUGUCAGGCCCAAUACUAGAGGAACAGCCAUCUCCUCCUCCUCCUCUGGUAGAGUAGCAGUGUAUGUGGACUGUCCUGCUGGCUCUCUGUCCUUCUUCAGAGUCUCCUCUGACUCUCUGAUCCACCUCUACACCUUCAACACCACAUUCACUGAACCUCUGUCUGCUGGAUUUGGCUUUGGCUUCAAGCCCUCUUAUUCAUCAGUGAGUCUCUGUCCUCUGUAGACGAGACAGUCUCUUUCUCCGACAGCAGUUCUGUCAGCACCAAUCAGCGUUGCAGAGAACAUCAGUGGGAUUUAGAGACAGAGACUCAAACACUUAAGCCUCAUUUCCAUUGCGUCCAGAUGUGUCGGUAUAGAGCAGUACAGUACAGCACAGUCCUCGUUUUCAUGCGUUUCCACUGACUAAAGUUGUGGAUAGUACCAAAAGUACCAUACCCAACCAUUACCAUCAUCCACAACCGCUCCGGUCAGGUACCUGGCACAUAGACUGAUCAGUGCUGUCAACAAGCCCGCCAUGUUUCAACAACUCAUUCACUGUAGCAACUCUCUGUUGUUUGCUGCUUUUCACAUUGGUUGUUUUAACUGUGUUUUGAAAUGUCAGGGCACUACACAGCACCUCGUCUUCAGCGGGGAUUGAGAGGCUCCUCCAUAACUUUGUGCCACUGAGCCAUCAGAGUGUGAAGAACCAGGACUAACAGACAGUGAAGGGGACUCCCAGGGUAUGAAGGACUAGGAAUACCAGAGAGUUAAGGACCAUGACUAUCCGAGAACAAACUAUGCAAACGGGGUAAAUAAAUCACAUGAACUGAAGUGUCUGUGUUGUAAAUAUAUGUGUAUAUAGAUUGUUUAUUUUUGUGUGUAUCUGCAUUCGAACAUAGGAUAUGGGAAAUUUAACAAUACACAUAAUUAAACUUUUCUGAUCCUGAGUUCUGUCUGAGCUGAGAUGCAACUUGUUAAAUAGCAACACCUAGUGGGAGGUCAGCAAACUGCAUGCUCUGCUGCACAGAGGAUAGUGCCACCUGAACCUGAACUGUAAUAUUUGGUGAUCAGAUACUCAUUCUAUAAGGACUCAAGCAACAGAGCCUGAGACACGAGAAGAGGAGGUGUGGCAACUUUAAUGUGUGGAGAACAUUGGUUUGAAAAUAGAUGUGACCUUGAUUGUUUCAUUGUGAUCAUUAUCCUCAUCAUCAUCAAUAGCUGAAAUGAAAGAAAUAAAAACAAUCCCUGCAACUCAGA